GGAUAUGGGCUUGUUGGUCGGUCUGUUGGUGUUCUUUGGGCGAUCGACUCGUGCGACGUAUAUACUCGUUUGGAGAAUCUUCUCCCCCUCCACGAGCUCCGCGCCGCCAGGCCAGAAGCGCGUCGCGUAACCGAGUGGAGAGUCGAUCUCAGGACACCGACACGAGUACGUUUCCUCGCCAGUUUCGCUCCGCAGGCUCCACACCACUGGUGCACUCCUGCGCGACACUCGAUUGCACUUGGUUCGCUGCACACGCUCUCUCGUCGCGCUGCCCGCACUCGCCUCUACGCACAUCACGCAUAUUCGUUACUACGCAAGGACUGUCCUCCGUCAGCUUUCUUUCCACUCUCUCUUCAAUCUCGAGGGAUCAGCUGUUUGCCCAGCUGCACCAUUUUUUUUCUUGGCACACGUUAGAGACAACGUAGAGACAAGCUUCAAAAUGAGGGAGAUCGUACAUCUGCAGGCUGGACAAUGCGGAAACCAGAUUGGUGCAAAGUUCUGGGAAGUGAUCUCCGAGGAGCACGGCAUCGACCAAUCGGGCAUUUAUCAUGGAGAUAGCGAUCUGCAAUUGGAGCGAAUUUCCGUCUACUAUAACGAGGCUUCUGUGGCGACCUCGACCAAUGGAGGAAAGUACGUGCCGAGGGCGAUUCUUCUUGAUCUGGAGCCAGGAACAAUGGACGCCGUUCGAUCAGGUGCCUACGGGAAACUGUUCCGCCCCGACAAUUUCGUGUUCGGGCAAUCAGGGGCGGGCAAUAAUUGGGCGAAGGGGCACUACACCGAGGGGGCGGAGUUGGUCGACUCGGUGCUGGACGUGGUCAGGAAGGAAUGCGAGAACUGCGAUUGCCUGCAAGGUUUCCAACUGACUCAUUCCCUGGGCGGUGGGACAGGAUCCGGUAUGGGCACGUUGCUAAUCUCCAAGAUUCGGGAGGAAUAUCCUGAUAGAAUAAUGAACACGUACUCGGUGAUGCCGUCGCCCAAAGUGUCGGACACUGUGGUGGAGCCUUACAACGCCACCCUGUCCGUCCACCAAUUGGUCGAGAACACGGACGAGACGUACUGCAUCGACAACGAGGCCCUCUACGACAUCUGCUUCCGCACGUUGAAGGUGUCGAAUCCUAGCUACGGGGACUUGAAUCAUCUUGUCUCGCUCACUAUGUCGGGGGUGACCACUUGCCUGAGGUUCCCCGGCCAAUUGAACGCGGAUCUGAGAAAGCUUGCCGUGAACAUGGUCCCGUUCCCCCGUCUGCACUUCUUCAUGCCAGGCUUCGCCCCUCUCACGUCCAGAUCCAUGCAACAAUAUUCGGCGCUCUCUGUACCCGAGCUCACCCAGCAGAUGUUCGACGCUAAGAACAUGAUGGCUGCCUGCGACCCGAGGCACGGCCGUUACCUUACCGUGGCCGCCGUUUUCCGCGGCAGNNUGUCGAUGAAGGAGGUCGACGAGCAAAUGCUGAGCGUGCAAAACAAGAACAGCUCUUACUUCGUCGAGUGGAUCCCGAACAACGUGAAGACGGCCGUAUGCGACAUCCCGCCCAAGGGGUUGAAAAUGUCCUCGACGUUCAUAGGGAACACGACCGCUAUUCAAGAAUUGUUCAAGCGGAUCUCCGAGCAAUUCACAGCCAUGUUCCGUAGGAAAGCGUUCCUUCAUUGGUACACGGGCGAGGGUAUGGACGAGAUGGAGUUCACCGAGGCCGAGUCGAACAUGAACGACCUCGUCUCCGAGUAUCAGCAGUAUCAAGAGGCAACCGCAGAAGAAGAUUUCGAAGCCGAGGAAUGCGCCGACGAUUUCGAGACCUGCGACCAGGAGUGAAUCGAGUAAAAAAAAAAAAAAAGA